AUGGUGGAGUUCAGUGACGGCACCUUUUGGCGUUCCAUAACACUUCACCUGCAGAAAUGUGGCCCAGAUGACCCUAUUCACAAGUGUUUUCCAAAUGGCAUGGGCAAAAGCGUCCUGGAGCAGGCUAACAACCUGUUCAGCCUGGCGGACAAAAAGCUCCAUACGUUUCCCUUCAAGGAUGUCCAGCCGUGUUGGUUCCGCCUCUACACUGACGCCAGUAUUGCCAAAGUGCUGGAAUUGCUUGGCCUCACCUCUCCCACUCUAAAUGAUUCGUCGCUGUCGGAAUCUCUGAAGACUCAUUUGGAUGAGAUUGUGUCCAUCCUAGACAUGGCACUAAUCAUGGCCGGAGGCCUAGGGCGAGAAGAGAUAAUUCACGAUAUUUUGGCCAGAUUACAGGCUGUCAGUGUAAGUGAAGGGGAAGACAAGGAACACCCGCGAAAGAGGAGGCGAGUCGACCAUGAGCCUGGGUUUGAUCAUGUUUCCGACGAUCGCCUGCCUGCUGACAACGUCUCUAUACCAACCAUUCUAUUUCCCAUCCUGCAAAUGGACCAGCCUACUCUUACAAAAUUCUCCCACCACAUUCAGCAAACACGGCAGCCUGCGGUCUUGACAAACAUCAUGAAGCAUUGGCCAGCUCUCGAGAAAUGGCAGCGAACGUCGUUUUGGCUUGAUGCCACCAUCGGCGGCCGUCGUCUCGUCCCGGUUGAAGUUGGGCGGAGCUACGUUGACGAUGACUGGAGCCAGAAGAUUGUCCCCUUCCAAGACUUUCUGAGUCUCUACAUACUGCAGUCGACGGAUCAUGGAUCUAACGCUGGUACUGGCAAAAAUAUCCAGACAGGCUAUCUAGCGCAACACGACCUUUUUAAACAGAUCCCCGCUCUUCGAAAGGAUAUUGCAACCCCGGACUAUUGCUAUCUGGACGCUCCGACUGCUGAACCCGGUACGCCGGUGGCCUUGAGCAAGGCAAGGGAGAGUAUGAAGAAGACAAGCCAUCCCAAAACUAUUCCUCCCGAAACCCGCGAUCCGCCCGACGACGACGCCGCUGACGAGAUGGGACUUGGAGACGAGCCCCAGACCAAUAUCUGGUUUGGCCCGGCAUGGACGAUUUCUCCCCUGCAUCAUGACCCAUACCACAAUAUUCUCUGCCAGGUCGUGGGCACAAAGUACGUAAGACUCUAUUCGCCACAGCACAGCAAAAGGUUGCUGCCCAGACCUGAAGACGAGCCUGCUCCUCAUGUAUCCUCUACUGGAAACGCAAAAUGUACGAAGGGUGACGUAAAUGAUGGGGAGCAGCGUUGUGAAACAAUUGAUAUGUCAAACACUUCGCAAGUUGAUAUUGCCGCCAUGGAAACAUCCCCGCUCGAGGACUGGGACGAGGUUUACCCCGGGAUUAAUCAAGUGCCGUACGUUGAGUGUGUCCUUGAGGCUGGCCAAGCGCUCUAUAUACCUAUUGGGUGGUGGCAUUACGUGCGGAGCUGUUCCGUAGGCGUCUCUGUGAGCUUUUGGUGGUGA